CGGAGCUUAGCAACACCGAGAGAGGGAGACGGUCUUUCGAUUUAGGCCUGCUGACAGAAGAACAAUCGUUAUUUCUACAUUUAGAGAAAAACGCAACAAACGCGUCUGUCAACCGCUGUCGUUUGUUUUCUGCGCGUUGGGAGUUUUUUUUAGGGGUGGCGUAUUAUAAUAUAGGCCUAGGUUAUUCGUUUUAUUUAAUCAUAUAAAAAAGCAGGUAGAUUAAUCAACUGAUAGGCUAUCGAGGAGCGGAUUAUGAAAUCGCACGAGUGAUGUUGGCUACAGCAUUUUCAUAGCCUAAUGUAAUCUAGAUUGUGAGGGGGAAAACUGACCUUAUUUUUCAGUAGAAUAUAUCUUGCCAACUGAAUUUGAUCUCUGAUUUGUAGACUAAUCUAUCGAUCGCUUUAGCCCAUCUCGCCGCGCUGUCGCUAUGAAGUUCGUUGUAGUCUUGGUCGGUGCUGGAUCCGUGGUCUUCCUCGGCGCGGUCAUCUGCAUCAUCGCCAGUGUUUACCCGCGGAAAGCUGCCGCGCCCCAGGACCUGUCCGAUAACGCGACUCUGUCUGCUGAGCCCUUGUUUUCCCUGGGCUCGGUGGCUCACGCCGGUCCAUUGGGCGCUCUCCAUGGUGCUGAAUCCUACGAGGGCGGCGGAGGAGGCGGCUUGGGGCUGGGGGGUCCCUUCACUCUCAACGAGCUCAGCCCUGGGGAGGUGACCGGUGGUGGUGGAGGGGCGCCGAAACAGUUCAGUUUCAGCCGGCUCAUCUGCACUCCGAUUCCCGCCGGAGAAUGCAAUGCCAAGAGCAUGAAGCAGCAGGCGGACGACCCUUCACUCUAUGUGGAUGAAGACUGGAGCUACCUCCGGACCACCGCGGACGACCUCCGGCAGACGGUGGUGCAGCAGAACGGCCAGAUACUCAUAGAUCAGCGGACCAUCCGUGAGCUGUCGGGGAAACUAUCGGAGUGCGAGACCGGCCUGGAAGACGGGAGUCCCGGGCACUCCGAGAGGAGCCUGGGGGCCUGGGCAGGCAACCGCCGACUCAUGGCCGGGGAUGAUGUGAGCUCAUCGGCCGCUGUGCAGCUGCAGACCGCUAGAGCCGUGGAGGAGCUAGAGAGGGCCAUUCUCAACCUGAAAGACCGCAUCGAGAAACUGGAGUUGGAGAUCGGCCCUGCUGCCCUGAACCUCUCCGUUGAGACUCCAUCCCCCAGCGCCGGUGUGGGCGUCAGCAGUGGCAUCGCUACUAAAGUUCAAGGGUCACCGUCAUCAGCAUCAAGGACAGGAGGCGGUAGUGUCUCCUCGGGGGGCCGAAAGGCCCCUGGGGGCCCUGGCAGAGGAGGCGGAGGCCCCUGGAAGGACCUGGAAGGAGAGCUGGAGAGGAAGAUUGAGAUGCUGGAGAAAGAGCGGAAGGCGCUGAGGAAGGAGACACAGACACAUCACAAACAGAUAGACCAAGGGAUUGAUACUCUACACCACCGCAUUGCAGAGCUGGAACAGAGUCUGACAGAGUACAACUAUCCAGACGGCUAUGUCCUCUCCUUCCCCGUGAGGACCAGAUACAUGUACGGCCUGGUGCGGAGAGAAAUGCCUGAGAUGUAUGCCUUCACCGCCUGCGUCUGGCUCAAGGUGAAAGAGGGGGGUAUCGGCACCCCCUUCUCCUACUCCGUCCCGGGACAACCCAACGAGCUGGUGCUGCUGCAGGGGAUACACAACCCUGUAGAGCUUCUUAUCAACGACAAGGUAGCUCAGCUGCCCCUGUCCCUUGCCCAGGGUGUGUGGGAGCACAUAUGUUUGAGCUGGACCCUCAGAGACGGGGUAUGGAAGGCCUACCAGGGGGGGAAGCUGAAGGGGCGCGGAGAGGGGCUGGCCGCAUGGCACCCCAUCAAGCCAGGAGGAGUGCUCAUUCUGGGGCAGGAGCAGGACACGCUGGGCGGUCGUUUCGACGCCUCCCAGGCCCUGGUUGGGGAGCUCUCCCAGUUCAACCUGUGGGACAGGGUCCUGAAGCCUGCUGAGGUAUCCGCUCUGGCUGCCUGUUCCUUGGGCACACUGGGCAACGUGGCCCCCUGGACAGACCAGGACGUGGAGGUCUACGGAGGGGCCACCAAGGAGGCUGUGGACCCCUGCAACCAGCCACCCCGGGCCAGCCCCAGCUCUAGCCCUAAACAGUGAGGGGUUAGAUGGGUUGGUAGAGGGGUCUCUUGGUUAUUAUAAAGGGGAGCCGCUCAGUGAGGCCAGAGGGGUAGUUGGUUUGUUGAUGCUCCUCAUAAGAGGGGGGUUUAAGGUGUUUUUCUGGGGCAGGGGUUGUGUGAUGGGAAACUGGGGUAGAGAUGGAGAAUCAGUUGAGUUGUUUUAAAGGGGCAUUUCCAAAAGAGGGUGGGUGUGUUUGAGGAAGCCUUUCGGAGGGUCUGGGAUCAGGGGGCGUAGAGAUUAGUUGAGUAGGAGUGUUGUUAUCUGGGUGUUGUUCACCCACUGAAGGUGUUAACAUCAACAGCGCUACAGCUGUUGAGAACAACACCCAGACUGGCUUUAGCUCCGCGGCCAUGUGGGAAGAUGUUAAGGGAAAGGUGCUGCUUUUCACCCCUCUGAUUUGUGUUUU